GCCCUUUAACAAGUACAUGUCGACGGCAAUACGAAGACUGAUUAAAAGCACAAAGGCAAUCAAAACGUACAGGAGAACAUGCGAAGGAGACGCAUUCCUCCACGGGAGGAUGCAGUCUGUCAUGUUUCUGCUGGAAGGGACAAACUGGGACUUGAUAUCCACUACAUAAAUGCCUUCAAAGGUCGGGGCAUUUUCACGACUGUUCCAUUCCAAAAAGGAGACUUCCUUUUGGAAUACAGAGGUAAACUCAUACCAAAAGAAGAAUGUGAGCGGAGACACAGUGUUUAUCAUGACAGCCUGAAGGUGUUCAUGUUUGAAUUCAAGUUUGAUGGAAAACUCUGGUGUGUGGAUGCAUCUCAAGAAGAUGGGUCAUUAGGCAGACUUGUCAACGACAACCACAUCAGUCCAAGUGCUAAAAUGAAAAUAUUAAAUAUCAAUGGAAAGCCUCAUCUAUGCUUAUUUGCAAGCAGAGACAUAAGUCCAGGCGAAGAAAUAGACUAUAAUUAUGGUGACUCGGAUUGGCCCUGGAGAUGCAAGGCUGAGACCAGCCAGAUUGAGAAGACUGUGAGCUGCCUAAAGCCGCAACCAAACUGCAUUCCAAACAAUGAUCUGGACCUGAAACAUCCAGAGCCUGAAAGGGAUCUUGAUGAAGAAAUGCCUCAGCAAGGCUCAGAAGCCAUGCAUUCUUCUUCAGUGCAAGAUUCUGAAGAGACUGAGACCAGCCAGAUUGAGAAGACUGUGAGCUGCCUAAAGCCGCAACCAAACUGCAUUCCAAACAAUGAUCUGGACCUGAAACAUCCGGAGCCUGAAAGGGAUCUUGAUGAAGAAAUGCCUCAGCAAGGCUCAGAAGCCAUGCAUUCUUCUUCAGUGCAAGAUUCUGAAGAGACUGAGACCAGCCAGAUUGAGAAGACUGUGAGCUGCCUAAAGCACGAUCUUGAUGAAGAAAUGCCUCAGCAAGGCUCAGAAGCCAUGCAUUCUUCUUCAGUGCAAGAUUCUGAAGAGACUGAGACCAGCCAGAUUGAGAAGACUGUGAGCUGCCUAAAGCCGCAACCAAACUGCAUUCCAAACAAUGAUCUGGACCUGAAACAUCCGGAGCCUGAAAGGGAUCUUGAUGAAGAAAUGCCUCAGCAAGGCUCAGAAGCCAUGCAUUCUUCUUCAGUGCAAGAUUCUGAAGAGACUGAGACCAGCCAGAUUGAGAAGACUGUGAGCUGCCUAAAGCCGCAACCAAACUGCAUUCCAAACAAUGAUCUGGACCUGAAACAUCCGGAGCCUGAAAGGGAUCUUGAUGAAGAAAUGCCUCAGCAAGGCUCAGAAGCCAUGCAUUCUUCUUCAGUGCAAGAUUCUGAAGAGGUAACAUUGACCUAG